AUGAUGUGUUACAUAGGGAAAGCGACGAAGAUCUUCAUCUUCAUAGUCACGGUUCUGGUGGUUACUGGGCUUGUCUUGGGAUUCGGGCUCCUUCGCCAUCGUACUCACAAGGAAAGCAACAAAACUUGCUACGGCGAUUCCUGCAAUCCGGACCCCCAAGCUUCUCCCAUUGUUAUCCCCAAUCCAAGCCCUACUGCCCCACCAACCACCGUCUCCCCCAAUCCCAUUACGCAGCUGCCGCCGCCGCCGCCGCCUAGCCCGGACAUUCCUAAUUCACCUCCUCCUCCGCCGCCUCAGUUACCGGAUACCCAACCGCCGCCGCCUCAACCGCAGGACACGCAACCGCCGCCGCCCCUGCCUCCUGCCGUAUCGGCUCCGCCGCCAACAUUGAGUCCUCCCAGCGCAGCACUGGUGGCCUCAGGUCCGGUCCAUUCUUAG